GGGAAGGUGGCGAUCAUCACAGGAGCCAACACAGGCAUCGGGAAGGAGACCGCCAGAGACCUCGCCCGGAGAGGUGCAAGGGUGAUUGUCGCUUGCAGAGACAUAGCCAAGGCAGAAGCUGCAGCCAGUGAAAUCCGAGCCGAGACAGGGAACCAGCAAGUCAUUGUGAAGAAACUGGACUUGGCUGAUACGAAAUCCAUCCGGGAGUUUGCUGAGAAAUUUCUAGCAGAGGAGAAGGAACUCCAUAUUCUCAUUAAUAAUGCUGGGGUAAUGUUAUGCCCUUACUCCAAGACUGCUGAUGGCUUUGAGAUGCACCUGGGAGUCAAUCAUCUUGGUCAUUUCCUGUUGACCUUCCUCUUGGUGGAGCGUCUGAAGCAGUCUGCCCCAGCCCGCAUAGUGAACGUGUCCUCCCUGGCUCAUCACGGAGGCCGAAUCCGGUUCCAUGAUCUCCAUGGGGAGAAGUGCUACAACCGUGGCCUUGCCUACUGUCACAGCAAACUGGCCAACGUGCUCUUCACCCGAGAGCUGGCGAGGCGGCUGCAAGGCACCAAAGUCACAGCAAAUGCUCUCCAUCCUGGUUCUGUCCAUUCGGAGCUGGUCCGGCACUCAUUCAUAAUGACGUGGCUGUGGAAGAUGCUCUCAUUCCUCCUGAAGACACCUUGGGAAGGAGCUCAGACCAGCAUCUAUUGCGCAGUAGCAGAGGAACUAGACUCUGUGACCGGACAGUAUUUCAGUGACUGCCAGCCAGCAUAUGUAUCUCCACGGGGUCGGGAUGAUGAGACAGCGAAGAAGCUCUGGAAUGUGAGCUGUGAGCUCCUCCACAUCCAGUGGGACUGAGCAGUGCAGACCUCAAGUGUGUACCUGGCUGAGCCCAGCAAUGCUCCUCCCAGGAAGAGCGCUGCCGAGACACCUCAAGGCAAGAAUCCUGAUACUCAGCUGCCCUCGUGAUGGCUCUAUGGACACAAUCUAAUACGAAUUUCUGGAAUAUUACACUUCAGGAUCAAGAUCUGUGAGCAAUUAGUGCCCCUUCCUAGCAAGAGAAUUA